UCAAUCAUCCCCUGUGCGCUGAACAAUCCCACUAGAUCACUUCAAAUCCCAUGAGAACUUAGCGCUUUGUUACUUCUCUUUCUGCAUAGAGCCUUUGGACUUCCUAUAUCCAUAUUUGCAUCCAUCAUGUCGUUCUGCAGGGUCACUGUUCGCUCUCCAGUGACAUCAUCCGCCACGAUGUUGCGCUGUGUGAGAACUCCCUACAAGACUCCAGCGCUUCGUCUGUUCUCUUCGUAUGGAAACGCUCACCGGUCCUCUAAGCGUGAUAUGCAGACAGCUACUGCGUAUCGCCCUCAUUCCUUGCCGACGGCUUUCCCGCCUCCGCGGAGCGGCGGAGGCUACGACACCUCUAUCUCAGCAGAAUUCCCCCCUCUUCGAGAGAAAACCGAAAACCAGCAAGAAAUCUUUUCAAACAUUAGUCUCAGAGAGAGUGAGGCCCAGACGCCAAAGCCUGUCGAAUCGACUUCUCCUGCCUCGAAGCCGGCUGAAAAGCCUAGAAGAAAGCUCCGGGCACGGAAAGCCGCCAUGAAGUUGACGCCCGAGGCGAUCGUGCAACUCCGCAAGCUCCUGUCUCAGCCUGAGCCGAAAAUGAUUCGAGUUGGUGUAAAGAACCGUGGCUGCUCUGGUCUCGCCUACCAUCUUGAAUAUGUGGAGAAGCCCGGUACCUUCGAUGAAGUUGUGGAACAAGACGGCGUCAAGGUCUUGAUUGACAGCAAAGCCUUGUUCAGCAUCAUCGGUAGCGAAAUGGACUGGUUAGAAGAUAAAUUGAGCAGACGGUUCAUUUUCCGGAACCCAAAUAUCAAGGAACAAUGCGGUUGCGGUGAAUCCUUCAUGGUUUAGACCUACAUCCCGGUUUUUCUUUUUACGGCCAUUUUGAAGUCAUUCCUCGGAGCAUCGGUUGGCGUUCUUACGGAUUGUUUUCCCUGGGAGUUUCCAAGUCUUUCCUUUUCCUUUGUUGAAUACACCAGUGAUUCCCGGGCUACGGAAAGCCCACAUCGUGUAAUACAUACAUCUAUUUUCUUUUUGCAACCUGUAUGUCAAGAGCUUUACCUUGGCUAUUAGACCUAUGCAACGAUAUGCUUUAUGGAAUAGUGGAUAGCGUGCGUCUCCCCCCGUUCUAUAUCAAUAACGAUAGCAAAUCAAUGAAAUAAAGAAAAACAAUUAGAA